AGCAUCUGCCAAGACAGAUCCGAGGGCAAAGCUGACUCUGACAUUUGGGGAAACCCCAAAGCUGCAGCGCUCGGAGAAAGAUGGAUUCCGCUCCAAGCCAACAAGUGGAUUUUAUUUUGUAUUUUUCCCACCUUUAAAAGAAGAAGAAGGAGGACAACGGAACACUCCCGCCGCCUCCUGGAAAAGUGGGGUGUGUGGGAGGGGACGAGAAGAAACGGGGAGAGAAAGAACACCGAUCCCCGGAGCUGGCGGCUGACUAUGGAAGAGCAGACGGACAGUAACAGCCAGCGAGACCCUGCUCGAACCCCAGGCAGCAACCACAGCAACGGCGGCAGCAGCAGCAGCAGCAGCAGCAGCGAUGGAGAGAGCAUCCCGGUGUCGCCCAGCAGCCACGCUCCCCUGUCUCCGGCCGCGCCUUGCCUCGUCUCUCUGCCCCUUCACCCUCACCCUCACCACCACCACCACCACCACCACCAUCACCAUCACCAGCAGCAGCAGCAGCAGCAGGCGCCUCCGCCUCCCCAACAGCAGCAGCGGCCGCCGCCGCCGCCUCCCCAGCAGCCUCAGCAGCAACAGCAUCGGACCACCAACUUUUUCAUCGACAACAUCCUGAGGCCGGACUUUGGCUGCAAGAAAGAGCAGCUCUUGAUCCUCGCCGGGACUGCGGGAGGAGGAGGAGGUGGCGGCGGCGGCGGCGGCCGGGACAGAGACCUAGAUCGCGCGGCCAGCUCAGGUAGAGAAAAUGUCAACCCACUGCUCGGCAGGCCCCCCAACCCGGCCUCCUCUCUCCUUAGCGCGGACUCGCCCGAGAACCCCGACAGCUCCUCCACGGCCUGCAAAGCGAGCCCCGCCACGGCGGCAGCGGUAGGGACGGCCAAGCCCCCCAUCACCUCCUCCUCCUCCUCCUCCUCCUCUUCCUCUUCCUCCUCCUCCUCCUCCUCCUCCUGCUCGGAAGGGAGCGGAACUAACCCGGCGAAGUAUGGGGAGCACGCCAGCCCCGCCAUCCUCCUCAUGGGCUCCAGUAAUGGAGGAGCUGUUGCCAAGAGCGAUUCCCAACAGCCGCUGGUUUGGCCUGCCUGGGUUUACUGCACUAGGUAUUCAGACAGACCAUCCUCGGGUCCCCGCACAAGGAAGCUGAAGAAGAAAAAGAACGAGAAAGAAGACAAGAGGCCUCGGACCGCUUUCACGGCGGAGCAACUCCAAAGACUCAAGGCGGAAUUCCAGGCGAACCGCUACAUCACCGAGCAGCGGCGGCAGACGCUGGCCCAGGAGCUCAGCCUCAACGAAUCGCAGAUCAAGAUCUGGUUCCAGAACAAGCGGGCCAAGAUCAAGAAAGCCACGGGCAUCAAGAACGGCCUGGCCCUGCACCUCAUGGCCCAAGGACUAUACAACCAUUCCACCACCACCGUGCAAGACAAAGAGGACAGCGAGUGAGCGCGGGAGGCGCUGCUGGCUCCGUCACGGAGCCCCCCCCUUUUUGUUUUGAUGCUUAAUAUUAUUAUUAUUACUAUAAUUAUUAUAAUUAUUAUUAUAUGAUGAUGAUGAACCUGAUCGCCAGGGAAGACAAAGAAUAACGGUACAAAAAGAAAAAGAGAGAGAAAGAGAGGACAAUUUGGAAACAAACAAAGGACUCCUUUACUGCAGUGACACGUUGGAGGGGGACUUAGAAGGGUGCUAUUUAAAAAGGAAAAGAAUCAAAUUUAUUGUCUAUUCAUAGAUAUAAGGAUUCCGGUUUUAAAAGCAAAACAAAAUGAACAAUUGCAAAAACAAAAAAGUAUCUAUAUAGCCAAACAUCGUAUGAUCUUGUAUAUAUUUAAUUUCAGGUAAGGAAUAAUAAUAAUGAUGUGUAGCGUUUUCUAUUCGCUCAGCCGUUGAUCUCUGUUGCCCCCCCCUCCCACACUUUGGCCUUGAUUUUUCCUUGUCGUUUUCCUUUCUUUAUUAUCGAUCUCAACAACAUCCCCCCCGCCCGCCCCUUUCAGCAUCUUGGUUUUGAAGUAUUUGUCUGGCCUCCUCCGACUUUCCUUUCCUCCCCUGCGCCUUCUUGUUUGCGGGUGCCUUUGCCUCCCUUCAUUUCGUGUGAGUAUCCGUGUCCUCUUUCCUUCUUUUUCUUUCGUUCCUUGCUUCCCCAGGAAAGAACAAUAACAUAUGACCCACAGACUGCGAGACUGAACCCCUUGCUGCAAGCCAAAGAUUUUUUUCUUAUGUUCAGAAACCUGUAGUCUGAAAUAAAGUGUAGACUGUGUU